CUAGUCCGCGGAGUAGGAAUCUCCGUCAAUCGUGUAAAUAACACGAAAUGUUCACUUAUAAAUAACCCGAGUAGAGAAGCAAGGUAUAUAAAAAUUAAGAUGGAUGCCCUCUCUUCUUCCUUCCUUCCCAAAUAUUCUCUAUCCAACACAUCCUUUGCAUCGACUCCGAAGAUCAGCCGUCGAACAAAUAUUAUUCGCAGUCACUCCUUCACGAUAUUCGACGACCAUUUAUCGAAACUUAUUUCGAAAACGGCCGAAAAAAUCAAAGUCAAGUUGAUCAAUAAGACCAAAUCGAAUAACGUUCCGCUUCUGACGACGUUGUUCAAGUCCAUAGAUGAUUUUACGUGCAACUCUCUCGACUCACUAUCGCCCCUUCCUCCAUCUAUCGACCCGCACCACGUGCUCUCCGGCAACUACGCUCCGGUCGACCACGAGCUUCCUCCGACGGCAUGUGAGGUGGUGGAGGGAUACUCGAAUAUUCCGAGGUGUUUGAACGGUGUGUAUUUACGAAACGGCCCGAAUCCGCAGUUCUUGCCGCGGGGCCCGCACCACCUAUUGGACGGCGACGGGAUGAUUCAGAUGGUUAGGAUAUCCGACGGCGGAGCCACGUUUUGCCGGCGAUAUAUCAAGACUUACAAAUACUUGACGGAGCGUGAAUUGGGGUACGCCGUUUUUCCGAGCGUUUUGUCGUCCUUCAACGGCGGCUUGGCUUCUAUGGCGCGUGUGUUUGUUGCCGCCGCGCGUGUGCUCGCCGGAGAGUUCAAGCCAGCGGGGAACGGGUUCGGCACGGCAAACGUCAGCGUGGCACUCAUCGCCGGAAAACUAUACGCUCUCACCGAAUCGGAUCUUCCGUACGAGAUACGGGUGACGCCCGACGGAGAUAUAGCCACGCUCGGCCGCCGUGAUUUCGGCGGCGGCGGGGGUUUCAUCAACAUGACCGCCCACCCGAAAGUGGAUCCAGUCACCGGGGAAACCUUUGCAUUCCGAUACUCCGGAGUUGCUCCGUUUUUAACGUAUUUCAGGAUCGAUUCCGGCGGAAGAAAGCAGGCUAACGUGGCUAUCAACGCCGUUAAGACGGCGACGGUGGUGCACGAUUUCGCCGUGACGGAGAACUACGCCGUGUUCAACGAGGGGCAGAUGGUGAUAACCCCGGCGGAGAUACUGAGGGGGCGGCGGCCGGUGAGGGUGGACGGAGGGAAGAUUCCGAGGAUCGGGGUGAUCGAGAAGUACGCUGAGGAUGACAGUGGGAUGGUGUGGGUGGAUGCUCCGGGGGUGAACAUAUCGCACGCGGUGAACGCGUGGGAGGAAGACGGCGGCGACACGGUGGUGGUGGUGGCGGCGAAUAAUGAGAGAAUAGAAAUGGUUUUUGAGAGAUUAGAUUUAGUGGAGACGAGAAUGGAGGAAAUCAGAGUGUGUUUGAAGACGAAGAAAGUACAGAGGCGUUUGUUGUCUGAUCAAUUUCUUGAUCUCGCCGCCAUUAAUCCGGCUUUCCUCGGAAGAAAGAACAGGUACGUAUACUCCCCAGUAGUAGAGAUGCCGAUGAAGAUAGUAGGGCUCGUGAAACUGGAUGUAUCAUUAUCUUCAGAUGACUGCGUAGUGGGCACCCGUAUGUACGGGCCGGGCUGCACGGGGGGUGAACCAUUUUUCGUCGCAAAAAAUCCGGCGGCAGAAGAAGAUGACGGUUAUUUAGUGACAUAUGUAUAUGAUGAGAUAGUUGAAGAGUCAAAGUUCUUGGUAAUGGAUGCAAAAUCACCUACACUUGAAAUUGUUGCUGCAGUUAAAUUACCCGGGAGGGUACCUGAUGGACUCCAUGGGUUAUUUGUGACAGAAAAUUGCCUCAGUCAAUAAAAUGUAACUGAUGAUAUUGCACCAUUUUUCUAAUAAAUUGAUCAAAAACUCAUAUACAGGUAAACCUCUAUAAAUUAAUAUUGUUGGGGUCAACAAAAUUCCAUUAAUUUAGUGAAAUAUUAACUUA